UAAUAAUAAUAAUCAUAAGAAGAAAGAAGAAAGCAAUGCAAUUAUGCAAAAGCAUGAAACAGCUCCACCAAAUUCACGCCCACACCAUCGCCACCGGCCACUUCUUUCUCCAUCCAACUAGCCCCAUUUUAAGUAACAUCCUCCACACCUUCACCAUUGUUCUCAACCCCAAGUCCAACAACAACUCUAUAAGCUUAUUGAGUUAUGCACUCUCAAUCUUUAAUUCCAUUCCAAACCCAUCAACCUUCUGCUACAACAACAUCAUUAGAGCUCACACCCUCCUCUCUUCCCCUCUCUCAGCUCUUCUCCUCUUUGCUCGCAUGCGUCGCUUCUCUAUACCUCCUGACUUUCACACCUUCCCAUUUACUCUCAAGGCUUGCGUUCAACUUCAUGCCUUUCCCACUGCCAAAACCCUUCACUCCCAAGCUUUCAAGUUUGGCUUCGCUGCCAAUUUGUUUGUCCUGAAUUCCCUCAUUCACGUUUACUCAGUAUCAGACCGCAUUGAUGAUGCAUACCGGGUGUUCAAUGAGAGCUCUUACAGGGACGUUGUUUCUUACAAUGCAAUGAUUGAUGGCUUUGUCAAGGCUGGUGAAAUUUCACAAGCACAUCGGCUGUUUGACGAAAUGCCUGUAAGAGAUACCGUGUCAUGGGGCACCAUUAUAACUGGGUGUGCCCAGAUGAACCGAUGCAAAGAGGCCAUUGAUCUCUUCAACCACAUGCUGGCUUUAGAUUUCAAGCCUGAUAAUAUUGCAUUGGUUUCUGCUCUUUCUGCUUGUGCUCAGUUGGGGGAAUUGGAACAUGGCAAGACCAUUCAUAGCUACAUCAAACAAAAUAGGAUUCGGAUAGAUUCCUUCUUGUCCACUGGGUUGGUGGAUUUGUAUGCUAAGUGUGGCUGUAUGGAAACUGCCGGGGAGAUUUUUGAGUCUAGCCCGUAUAAGAAUUUGUUUACAUGGAAUGCCAUGCUUGUUGGGCUUGCAAUGCAUGGGCACGGCCAGCUAUUGUUGCACUACUUCUCUGGAAUGAUAGAAGCUGGAGUUAAACCGGACGGUGUGAGCUUCUUAGGAGUCUUGGUUGGGUGUAGCCAUGCAGGUCUAGUCCAUGAAGCCCAGAAGCUUUUUAAUGAGAUGGAAUCUGUCUAUGGGGUCCCUCGAGAACUCAAACACUAUGGGUGCAUGGCUGAUUUGCUCGGACGCUCUGGUUUUAUUGGGGAAGCAAUGGAAAUGAUAAAGAGUAUGCCAAUGGCGGGUGAUGUGUUUGUGUGGGGUGGGUUGCUGGGAGGAUGUAGGAUCUAUGGAGAUGUUGAGAUUGCAAAGAAAGCAGCUGAGCAUGUGAUGGAAUUGAAGCCUGAAGAUGGCGGGGUAUAUUCAGUCAUGGCUAACGUUUAUGCCAAUGCAGAGCUAUGGGAUGAUGUGGUUCAGAUUAGGAGGUCAAUGAGUGCUAAGAGGGUCAAGAAGAACGCUGGUUGUAGCUUUAUUAAGUUGAAUGGAAAUACCCAUGAAUUCAUUGCAGGGGAUAGCUUGCAUCCUCAGAGUAAUGUGAUAUAUUCUGUCUUAGAUGGAAUUGGAAAACAUCAGUUUGAAGUAUGUUAGCAACAUAUUCCUGUUUAUACUGGCUGAAUCUUUAUUUUAGCAUGUCACAUAGUGUGUGUGUACAACAUUUAUUGACAAGGAAGGCACCAGCGGAUUCAAUUUGAUAUGCU